UGUCACUCGUCCAUGUGCAUUGAUCACUUUCCCGUCCUUCCGUUUGCUCCACGGCAGCUCGCCUUCCUUCCCAGCACUGCAUUCACCUUUUUCCCCCUCCACUGCACAAUCAUCUGCAUUCUGCCUCCAUCAUUCUCUGUUACCAAGCAUCCAUUGACAACUGGCAUCUCAAAGCAGACAGCUCGUCUUCUACCACCAUGAUGAUGUCCAGGUUCAUCCUCGCAGCUUCGGCUCUUGUCGCCGUCGCUCAUGCGCAGACUCUCGAGACCUCCAGCGCAUCUUCAGUUGCUGCCACCUCCACCGUCUCUCAGGUGAUGCCUCCAGCGGCCACCGCUUCCUUCAACCCUGCAGGAAUUAGCUCCACCGAUGCAUUCAACUGGUGCCAUGCGCAGCUGAACACUUGCCCGUACAUCUGUGGUGGGAGUGCUUCUCAGAAUUCAUGCGACGAUACCACCUUCACCUACAGCUGUGUUUGUGCGAAUGGAACCGUGCCGGACUGCACCGCCUUUACGCAGACCCUUCCCUACUUCAUCUGUCAAGAGACCUACAUCCAGUGUAUCAACAACAACCCCAACGAUGCUCAGGCUCAAUCAGUCUGCGCUGACAACGAGCAAUGUGGUACUCGUAAUGCGACUGCCGAAGCUCUUGCUGCCAGCUCGGCUGCCGCUUCUUCCACAGCUGCAUCCACUUCCUCUGCGGCCUCAAGUGCCUCCAAAACUCAAUCUGGCUCUGCAACCGGUGCCAGUGCCUCAGCCUCAGCCUCAGCUACCGAAUCUGGAAACGCUGCUGUUGCCAUGACUCAACAUCUGACAACCGGAGCUUUCGCAGCUGUCCUGAUUGCCGCAUUCAAGCUCCUCAUCUAGAAACUUACCACAUCCUGAGCUCCUCCGCAGCACCCUUCCCUUCGACUCGAUGGUAAUAUUGGACAUACUCUUUCUCUCGGGCUGUGGAAAAGGUACGAAGGGACAACAAAAAGGACACAAACCCAACAGACUAAUAUUAGUGACGGGGCGAUGGCAUGCACAUGGUUGACAUGACUUGGGCAUUGAAUUAUGGUGGAAUAAGUGACUUCAACGAGCGAUGAUUUACGUGUUUUGUGAGCGUUCUGCGAUUGCUUCACCGGGGCAAAAGCAACUUCAAUCCUUUAGCGUGCGUGUAUUUUUGCCUGUGCAGAAACAGCUGAUAUGCGCAUUGGAGGAGAGCCGAUAGAGUGCUUGGAACUAAUAAUACGAUUGCUGCGACGAAGUAGAGAAGCUCUUGUCUUUUUC